AUGUUCUUGCAGGCCAAGUGGGAACUUGCAGCGGACCUCUGUCUUGCAGCUGGUGAUGGAGAUGAAGAGAAGGUGACGGAGCUGAUCCGACAGGGAGCGGAUGUUAACUAUGACAGCGCGGACGGCGAGACUCCUGAGGACAUAGCGGCAAGGACAGACACUACAGACUGGUACUUUAAAGACCGCGUCCUGGAGGGAAGGAAGAAGAUUCUCGAGCUUUUUGCAGCAGUGAAAGCCGGCCGCCCUUUCACCUACAAGCUCAAAGUGGGUCCAGAAGGAGGUAAACUACAAACCGCGUAUUGCACCGUCUCUGUACCACGUGGUGCCGUUACCAUGGCAACAGAAAUCACCUGUCAGGUCAUCAACCCCAAUGACGUCACCCUCCCCCUGAAGGACGGAGAGAUGUUAGUGAGUGACAUCAUAGAGCUGGGUCCACACGGGACAACCUUCCGCAAACCUGUCACUGUGCAGAUGCAGUACAACUGUGCAUCGCCAAGUGGCGCUACGGAAACUGUCGUGUGGGUCUCUGAGGACAGGUCACAAUGGAAGGAACUUGAAACCAGUAAAAAAGGGGAAGACAGAGUCGCAGUAUCAGUGGACCACUUCUCCAUCUUUGCCGUCAUCAGUCAACCUAAACAGGACAAGUUUACUGUGCAUACAGAAGGGUUUAAGCUGACGUCAUCAACGCAGCCUGCGGUACAAAUCAGCUUCCCGGAACAGACUGUGAACACACCAACACAAGUCACAGUACAGGUACAAGAAGUUCCCAAAAGAGCAGUUGAGGACACCAAAGCAAAGGAUGAGUCUUUCGGCAACCUUGUUGGCACCAGCCCGAUUGUCAAUGUCACCACUGAGUCAAAAUCCGACGUCCGCAUCCACAAACCGGUCACAGUGCGAGUCCCACAUCCACAACACUACAUGGACAUCCAACAUGAGAGGCCCACCAAACUGAGGGUGAUGUCAUGUGAGGAGGGGACAGAAGACUGGAAGGAUGUAACAGAGAACACUAACCCGCAAGAGUCUUUCGAAUUUGUGGAGUUUAAAGUCAGCCAUUUUGCCAGGUGGAUUGUAAUCGUUGUCACAGACAUCACCGGUGACACAGAGCUAGAACCGAUCCCCCUAAACCUUUGCCGAUGGCUUCAACUCCGUCCCGUACAGUUCAUCAUGCUACAGAGCGGGGACGACGCAAACCGGUUUGUCGUAGAGUGCGCUAAAGCCGAAGAUGCAGAAGAGAAGCACUCAGCACUACUCCAAAAGGGGUACAAGGGCCCGCUGCCUACCAACUCAGCAAUUGAUCUAUUCGAAGGACAGGUAGUAGAAAUGGCCCUGCUAGGAAACGUGUCGAUCCCAGCAUUUGGAAGCAGCACGAAUCAGCAAAUCACAUUCCACAGUCAGAGAGGCAGCCGCCUUCAGAUGCAUAUCAUGGCUUUGAAGGCGAAAGACCAACAGAGUCUAGAUGGUCGAGGAUUCGCUGAAUUCUUUGCCUUGCCACGCGUCAAAGUCCAAAAAGAGGAAGUGGACAAACAAGAAGGAGGCCUGGAAGAUCUUGUGCAGAAGGGACGAGAAGUAGUCAAACAUCCACCCGGCAAUAAGCUCCAUGAGCGAACAUCGCUGUGCCAGCUCCCAAUCCAUGUGCCUUUUGAGACUCAGGUAGAACAGCAUUUAUACGUCGAGAAGUUUUUCUAUUUCACCAAGGAAGAAGUGAGCACAGACUGGAAGGAUUUGGCCAUUACGCUUGGACUCAACUGGGCUACCUACAGUAACAUCGCCGGCAGAAACCCCGACGACAAGUCCCGCUGUAUGGACAUGCUGCAGGAAUGGAAGAAGAAGAAGGGAGACGCCGCUACCAUAGAGGUCCUGAUGGAGGCUCUGUCGAAGGCAGAGCUGCAGAGCGUCGUGGAUGGGUUGAAGAGGGAAUUCCCAGAUAUCGUAGCGAAGAAACCAUGA